UUCCUAACUCCUCAGCAGGAAAAGCAGUCAGCAUUGGGGAUUUUUAUACACCACUCUCCUAAAAAGGCUGCCAGGAUCCCGGGGCUAGCCCCACUUCCGAAAGCCAGAUGCGUCUUACCCGAUGCCAGGUCGCGCUGGCGGCCGCUAUAACCCUCAACCUCCUUGUCUUCUUCUAUGUGUCUCGGCUGCAGCAGCAGCGUCGGCGGGGGAGCCGGGCAAUCCGGCCCCCCCGGCUUUCCCAUUCAGCUCCAGACUCUCGGGUCACUGUCCUCAUCAGGGAAUUUGAAGCCUUUGACAAUGCCGUGCCCGAGGUGGUGGCCUCCUUCCUGCACCAUGACCCUACCCAACCCAUCGUUGUAGCUGCUGACACCCUCCCCUACCCACCCCUGGCCCUGCCUGCUGUUCCCAAUGUCCGGCUGGCCCUGCUUCAUCCUUCCCUGGAUCGUCCAGCUGCUGCUUCCCAGCCCGAAAGCUACGUGGACACAGAGUUUGUGGCUCUGGUACCAGAUGGGACGAGGGCAGAGUCCCCUGGACAGCUCCAGCGCAUGGCUGAAGAGCUGAAAAACACCCAUGCCCGACUGGUGGCUUCCCCCGUGGCAACGGCAAACCCCCCCCACUGCAUGGCUCUGGAGGUGAAUCUCCGUGAGUGGACAGCCAGCUAUGGCCCGGCCCCAGAUCCUCCCUUCUGUGAUGCCCUGGAUGGAGAGGUCGUGGUGGUGGUCAGGACCCGGGAUCUCUUUAACCUCUCCCUACCCCUAGCCCGGCCCAUGAGCACCAGCCUCUUCCUUCAGACCUCUGUCCGAGGCUGGUCCGUGCGCCUGCUAGACCUACCCUUCGCCCCUGCCCGACAGCCUCCCUUGGCCACAGCCCAUGCCCGCUGGAAGGCUGAGAAGGAAGGACGUGUCCGGCGCGAUGCGCUCUUGCGGACGCUGGGGAUGCGGCUGGUCAGCUGGGAGGGUGGGAGGCAGGAGUGGUUCGGCUGUGGCAAGGAGACAGCCAGGUGCUUUGACACAGUGGUGGGUGACACUCCUUCCUACCUGUACGAGGGCCGCUGGACACCCCCGUGCUGCCUGCAGGCCCUUCGGGAGACUGCCCGGCACGUCAUCGGGGUGCUCGAGGCCGCCCGGGUGCGGUACUGGCUGGAAGGGGGGAGCCUGCUGGGAGCAGUGCGGCAUGGGGACAUCAUCCCUUGGGACUAUGACGUGGACCUUGGCAUCUACCUCGAGGACGUGGCCAACUGUGAACAGCUUCGGGGGGCUGAGGUUGGCUCCGUGGUGGACGAGCGGGGCUUCGUGUGGGAGAAGGCUGUGGAGGGAGACUUCUUCCGGGUCCAGUACAGUGAGACCAACCACCUCCAUGUCGACCUGUGGCCCUUCUAUCCCCGGAAUGGUGUCAUGACCAAGGACACGUGGCUCGACCACCGCCAGGAUGUCGAGUUCCCAGAGCAUUUCCUCCAUCCGCUGGUGCCCCUUCAGUUUGCCGGCUUCUUGGCCCAGGCACCCAACAACUACCGCCGCUUCUUGGAGCUCAAGUUCGGGCCAGGUGCCAUCGAGAACCCAGAGUACCCCAAUCCUGCCCUCAAGAGCCUCGCGGGUAGCGGGUGACUUAGGGCCACCACCCACCCACCGGGAAAACGUUUUUUGGGGAGUCGGUGACUGCCAUGUUCUAGGAACCAUCUCUCCCAAGAGGCUUGCCAAGAACGAGAAGACUAGACCAACUCUUGGUCCUGCAUGGAGAGGAUCAAGGCUGUCUGGGAAUGCCAGGGGGUUACAGGGAGUGGUACCUCAGGAAGGUAGCAAUAAAAAGACCCUGCUCCUGGGCUGGCCCAGA